CUUAGUUUGAUUGUUGGUACGAGGACAGCAGGAGGAACUGAGGCCCAUCCCAGAGACGAGGCAAAGAAGCAAGACUUUGCCUCCAAUAUCCGCCAAUGCAGCGACCUCGCCACCCUCCGGUUGCUCCACGCCCAGAUCACCGCCAGCGGACACCAUCGCCGCCCAUUCCUCGGCAAUCUUCUCGUCCAGAUGUAUGGCAAGUGUGGGAGCAUCGAAGACGCGCGCGCCGCCUUCGCUGCCAUCGCCUCGCCAAACAUCUACUCGUGGACGAUCCUGGUGGCGGCACACGUCCAGGCCAGCGAUCUCUGCGACGCCAGGGCGGUGUUUGAUGCGAUGCCGAGUCGCGACGUGGUGGCCUGGAACUCGAUCAUCGGGGGCUACGCUCGGCGCGGCCACUGCGGCGAGGCGAUCGAUCUUUUCUGCCGGAUGGACCUGGACGGCGUGCGAGCUGAUGCCGUGACGUUCCUGGCGAUGCUAGACGCUUGCGCUCGACAAGGAUGCCUGGAGCUGGCACGAGAGAUCCAUGCGAUUGUGAUCGAGGAGAGAUGUGGAUCGGACUCCAAGAUCAGAAACUCGAUCGUCAACAUGUAUGGGAAGUGUGGCGGAGUGGAGGAAGCUCGCCGCGCGUUUGAUUCUCUUGAAGAGAAAACGGUCAUUGGAUGGACUGCUGUUCUUACGGCGUAUGCCCAGAACGGGCACCUUGCGGAGGCGAGGGAGACCUUUGCCGCGAUGCCCGAGAGGAAUGUGGUGUCGUGGAAUGCUAUCCUGUCCGCGAACGCGCAGCAGGGGAACCAUCGGGAGGCGCUGGAGCUCUUCUUCGGGAUGAAUUCGGAGGGAAUUCGGGCUAGCGCCAUCACGAUCAUCUGUGUGCUGGAUGCCGCGGCGAGCGCUGGCGAUCUAGAUGCUGGGAUUGGAGCCCAUGCCAUCGCGAUUGAAGCUGGGCUUGCGGGCGAGAUGAUUGUCGCCAACGCGCUGCUCCACCUCUAUGGCGAGUGCGGGGAGCUUGCGGCUGCGGAGGCGAUGUUCGCGGCGCUGGGCGAUCGCCACCGCCGCAACACAAUGUCCUGGAACGUGAUGAUCUCCGCGCGCGCGCGCGUGGAUCCCGCAAUGGCGCUGGAGACGUUCUGGGCGAUGAAUCUGGAAGGAUCCCAGCGGCCCAACGUGGUGACAUUCGUGAGCGUCAUGGACGCUUGCGCGAAUUCCUCCAAUCUCGCGCAGGGCAAGCUCGCCCAAGCCCACAGCGCCGCGCUCCUCCCGCCCAGCAUCAUCCUGGCCACCGCGGUGGUGACGAUGUACGGUAGGUGCGGCCGUAUUGACACCGCGCGGGAAGUGUUUGACGGAAUAUCCUUGCCGGACGUCAUCGCUUGGAGCGCGAUGCUGACGGCAUAUUCGCAGAGCGGGCAUGGCAAGGAGGCGCUGGCGGUGCUGGCCGGGAUGGACGUCCUCGGCCUCAAACCCAGCGCGGUGACGUACGUCAGCGCGGUGGACGCGUGCGUCAGCCUCGAGUCCAUCCGCACCGUCCACGACGGGAUCGUCGACGCCGGAUUCCAAUCCAACGGCGCCGUGGCCAGCGCGCUUGUCCACGCGUACGGCCGCUCCGGCGCGCUGCCGGACGCGGCCGAGGCCUUCCGUACCGGCCCGCUACGAGACGCCGCGCUGUGGAACGCGCUCAUCGCCGCGUUUGCGCGGAACGAGCUCCCGGGUUUUGGGGUGGCGGUGUUUCGGGAAAUGGUGGCGGACGGGGUGGCGCCAAACGAGAUAACUUUCGUGAGUGUCUUGUGCUGCUGCGGCCACGCGGGGCUCCUUGAGGACGUGUGGAGCUGCUUCGUGGGGAUGAUCGGGGAUCACGGCGUAGUUCCCGGGGUGGAUCACUAUGCUUGCGUGGUUGAUCUGCUGGGGCGGGCCGGGAGGCUGGCGGAGGCCGAGGAUCUCAUGGCCAGCAUGCCUUUCGAGCCGGAUUUUGCUGCUUGGACGAGCUUUCUCGAUAGCUGCAAGAGUGCCGGGGCUCGAACCAGGAGUUUUGCGGCUGCAAAUGCUCUGGUGGUCGAUCCCAGCAGCUCCGGGCCUGAACGGCCGUCCACCGGUUUGAGUGCCAUUCGAAUCCCGCAAUGUGUUCAAGUUGUUCUGCGCCAUGGACUGGAGUCUGAUCUCGCGAAGAAGGUCUGCAGAUGGGAUCUCCAGGAAGCUGUAACGAAGCAAGAUGUAUUAUAUUAUAUUCUUAAAGUCGAGAUGGCCGAGCGGUCUAAGGCGGCAGACUCAAGUUCUGCUCCUCUAGCGAGGGCGUGGGUUCAAAUCCCACUCCUGACAAAAAGCUUUUUUUCUUCCGUCUUCACAAAGAUGGUAGAGCCAAUGUGCGAGUUCCAGUCGCGACAUAGAGAUGGAUCAGAUCGUGGUGCUCGUUUUUCCGGUGGUGAUCGCAUAGACGUGAUGAUCGAGUUCUAG